AUGCAACUCCGUACGGUGCAACGUGGCCAGCCGGUCGGGCUGCAAGCCGGAUACGCUAACCAGCGCCAAGGUCUACGUGCGUGGGUCCAGACACCCGACGGUCCCCACAAGGAUACGCUCAAUUUGCAGAUUCUCAAACUCGUCGCCAUUCUGGUGGCCGCGUUGGCCGUUGGCGUACGGGCGGACGAAUUCGAAGGAUACUUUUACCCGAAGCCAAGCUGCGCCCUCUCGGACACGGUCUACGUCACGCAGACGGAGACCAACUAUCAGCGGGUCACUGAAACCGUCAUGCUGCCCGCCUACCAGGACGAACAGACGGUCGUGUCGUCGGUUUACAUCACGACGACUGUGCCCGUUUACCAGACGCUUACCAACACCGUUACGUACACCGUAACGCCUCCGUUGCAGCCCGCCCAAACGCGUUACGAAACCGUAACGCUGCCACCGAUCGUGUCGACGUACACCAGCGUUACGGCCACACCGGUCUACCGAACGGAAACGCAGACCCGCACCGUUACCCAACCGCCCCAGGUUGUCUACAGUACCGUCCAGCUGCCACCGGUCACGCGUACCGAAACCUCGCUCGUUACCCGCACCAGCCAGGUCGUGUCGACCGUGCGUGACACCGUUACGCUGCCACCGGUAACGCUUCCGCCUCAGAUCGUUUACUCGACGGUCUGUGACAAUCCGGUAACGCGCACCGAAACUUCCUUCAUCACACGCACCAGCCAGGUCCUGUCGACCGUGCAUGACACCGUUACGCUGCCGCCCGUAACGCUUCCGGCCCAAACGAUCUACACAACCAUUCAGCUGCCUCCGGUCACCUCCACGUCCGUCUACACGGUGGCCACCCCGGUCUAUGAGACACACACGGAAACGCGGACCGUAACGCUGCCUGGCCAGCCCCAGCCGGCCCAGACCUCGUACGUAACGCUGCCGCCCGUCACCAAGACAUUCUGCGCGCCCACGUACUUGCCGCCCCAGAACACGCGGGCCGCGUACGAUAAUGCCCGCUACACGAACGGACUGUUCUAA